UCUGCGCGACAUUCGGGCUGUCAGGCGCCUGCCCCCUCCCGUUUGCAUUGCACAGCCACGGUUGCUGUUGCGCCGACUUCACCUCCGAACGCCGACCGCCUUCACUUCUGCCCCGAGCGCGCCUAGAGGGUGAUCAUGGGUGUCAUCAAGAAGAAGACGGGGACGCGGGGCACUGAGGGCGGCAUCAAGUAUGUCUGCGAUGUGUGCUCGUCUGAUAUCACUUCAACGGUUCGCAUACGCUGCGCGAACGACGAGACCUGCCACGACUAUGACCUCUGCGUGCCGUGCUUCUCCGACGGCAAGUUCUCACGCGACCACGACCCUGCGACGCACGCCUUCAAAGUCGUAGAGCAGCAUUCCAUACCCAUAUACACCGAAGACUGGGGUGCAGAUGAAGAGUUGGCAUUGCUGGAAGGUGCCGAAACAUAUGGAUUAGGAUCUUGGGCAGACAUUGCAGACCACAUUGGCGGCUUCAGGGAGCGAGAUGAGGUCCGUGACCACUACAUCGACACAUACGUGAAGAGCUCCAAGUUCCCUCUGCCAGAGCAUGCCAGCAAGGAUGACACUGUGCUCAGUGAGCGCAUACCUCGAGCCGAGUUUCAGGCCCGCAAGAAGAGAAGGAUAGAAGACAAGAAAGAGGAGGCUAAGAAUGCAGCACCCGCAACACCCAAACAGAAGCCCACAGCCAGCGUACCGUCAUGUCACGAGGUCCAAGGCUACAUGCCCGGUCGAUUGGAGUUCGAGACGGAAUACUUCAAUGAAGCUGAAGAAGCGGUUCAGCAUAUGUCGUUCGAUCCUGGCGAUGGCAUCAACCCCAGGACUGGCGAAAUGGAGCCGGAGAUGGAGCUCAAGAUGACGAUCAUGGACAUCUACAAUUCAAGGUUGGACGCCCGGGUGGAAAGAAAGAAGAUCACUUUCGAGCACAAACUCCUUGAGUACCGAAAGAACCAAGCGGCCGACAAAAAGCGCACAAAGGAAGAGAAAGACCUGCUGAACAAAGCGAAGCCCUUCGCACGCAUGAUGAAGCACGAAGAUUUCGACACCUUCUGCAAAGACCUCGAGUACGAGCACAACCUGCGUCAGGCCAUCUCUCAGCUACAGGAGUGGAGGAACAUGCAGAUCACGAACUUAAAGGCUGGCGAGAAGUACGAGCAAGAGAAGCAGACACGGCAGUCUCGUGGACCUCCACUUGGCCAGUUCGACCGCCUAGCUUCCAGUAGGAUUGGCAAACCGACACCUCCAUUCGAGCAGCCCUCUGCGGCGACCGCUCUGAUCGGUCCAGAACUACCACUUCACAUCAAGCAAAGGAGCGGUCUCACGACACCGCCUCCUGACAAGACCACAAACGGCAUCAACGGCGUCUUGACACCACAACAUACCAAGACCAAGUUCCAGGUCAAGCAACUACCGGGAACAGUACCACUAAAGUUCGGCAAGGAGUCUGCGGCCGAUCUUCAGCUGCUGACACCGGAAGAGCGUGAAAUCUGCAGCGUGCUGCGCAUCAUGCCAAAGCCGUACAAUGUGCUGAAAGAGAAGAUGACGCGGGCUGCGCUGAGCAACAACGGUGCUCUCAAUAAGAAGGCCGCGAAAGAGCUUCUGGGCAUUGAUCCCAAGAAGUCGUCGCAACUGUACGAAUAUUUUGUGCAUAGCGGCUGGAUCGCAAGAGCGUAGGAGCUUGAGGGCGUGAAUUGAGAUUGGGUCUGAUUAUGGAUAUGGCGUUGUGAGACCACUGUAGAAUACCCAGGCUGGACGGCGUUGGGUGGCUUUAUGUAGAUCUUGGCUGCUACGAGCGGCCUUGUUGACAUUCGAAUAUGAGAGUACUGUUGUUCAUCAUUGGGCUUGUUUUGGAGUUAAGUGGUUUUGAUUUG